UAAAAGGAUGUGUCAAUAUAAUCUCUAGUUUCUCUCAUAUAUCUAAUAUAACCCUAGCUAUAGCAAGGUGUUAAUUAACUUAAUUUACACUCCCAAAAAAAUGGAGAAUCUGGUUUGGCUUUCUAGAAAAGGAAAAGAGGCAAUGGAAGAAGAGCUUAUAAGAGGACGUGACAUGGCAAAUCAAUUACUUGAGGUACUUACUUUAGAUGAUAAGUCAAAUGUUAUUAGAGAAGUCAAAGGGUCAAACUCAAAAUCAUCAAAAGUGUUACCUUUAGAUGUUGCUCAAGAUCUUGUUCGAGAGGUACUUAAAUCAUUGACAAAUACGCUUUUGUUAUUGCACAACAAAGAAGACUCCAAUGAUGUUCCUAUAGCAGUUAGAGAUUUUUCUUUAACAACUAGUUGCCACAAGAUGGUGGAGGAUUUGGAUGGGGCUUACAAACAACUCAAAACUCUAAAGACUAAAAGUCCAAAAGGAUCGAAAAAGAGAAAAUUAUCUGCUCCAACUUGGGAAAAAACCACCUCAGUAUUGAUUGAGGAUGGUCAUACAUGGAGAAAAUAUGGACAAAAAACGAUAGCAAAUUCCAAAUACUUCAGGAGCUACUAUAGGUGUACACACAGCGAUCAACAUUGUGAAGCAAUGAAACAUGUUCAAAGAAUUCAAGAGAAUCCCCCACUGUAUAGGACUACAUGUUAUGGCCAUCACACUUGCAAAAGCUAUUUCCAAUCAAAUAUAAUUUCUGAACCCGUUUCGUCAUCAGACUCUUCUAUAUUACUUAGUUUUGAUAACACUAUUCAAAGUAAAGAAGAAGAUAUGUUAUGGCCGUCACCAUUGCCGCCGCUAUCACCGCUUCGUGUCUCUUCAGAAGGGAAUCCUGUGGAAGUAAUGCAUGAUGAUCAUUUUCUUCAAAAUCAAUGGUUUCUUCCUGAGAAUCUCCAGUUAUGGGAAUCUGAUGCUUACUUAGAUUAUUUAAGAUAUGUCAAUGUGUUAUCAUCGAGUGAAUCUUUUUAACUUUAGAGUGUUUUUUUAUCAGAUGACUGAUGUUGUUGAUGGACUACAAUAGUAAGGGAUAAUCAUAUGAGUUUUCUAGAUGGCUGUCAGGGUUAAAAUACAAACAUUUAUUUGAUGG